AUGACAUUCGCGCCGCUGCUGAUCAAGUCCGACGACCCGCGCCUGCUCUUCCUCACCAGCGGGACCGCGCACCUCGCGCGGUUCGCUGAAGAGUUCUGGCCCGGCGAGGCGCCCGCCGCCGGGUGGCCGAAGCCGGCGGCUCAGUUUGCGCCGACGGGGUACCGCGUCAGCAAGACGGCGCUGAACAUGCUCCUCUUGGCGUGGCACUGGACGCUGAGGGCGGACGGGGUGAAGGUUUGGGGGGUUUCGCCGGGACAGUUGGCGACGAACCUCGGCGGGGAUCCGGGGUUGUUGAGGAAGCUGGGAGCGGGGGAUCCGAGUCUUGGAGGGCAGCUUGUUAGGAAGGUUCUGGAGGGGGAGAGGGAUGCGGAUGCGGGUAGGAUUGUGAGCCAGACUGGGGUGCAGUCGUGGUAG